CCGCACGCUGGGUCCCAAGCCCCGCCUCCUCUAAGAGCGCUCUGUGAUCUUUGGUGCCUGACUGACCCUCCCAUAGACGUUGCCUGACUGACCCUCCCAUAGACGGUGCCUGACUGACCCUCCCAUAGACGUUGCCUGACUGACCCACACAGUAUUCCCCACAUUUUCUGUUGUAGAUUUCCAGCAUCUGCAGCUUUUCUCUAUUCUUGUCCUGACUCGCCCGAGGCUGCCUGUGAAGAUGGCGGCCAGCGUGCAGCGCCUGAGUCACCUCGCCUUUCACGUCCACAGCGGCCAGCGCUUGGCCCGCCACCUGAUGCGGCGCUUCGGCUUCCAGCUGUACGGCAGCCGGCAUAGCCGCACCGCCAGGCAGCUGGUGCUGAGGAAAGGCUCGGCCGUGUUCAUCGUGAACGAGAGCGCAGAGCCGGGGCCGCACGGCUUGUUGUACGAUGCGGCUCCGCCACACGUGGUGGACAGCGCCUGCAAUGUGUCCUUCGAGGUGAAAGACGUGGAGCGGGCGACCCUCAACCUGGGCCGGUUAGGUUGCCGCGUCCUUGUGCCGCCCAGCCCGGUGGAGGACGAGUUGGGCUCGGUCACUUACUCUGUGGUGCAAUCGGUGGUGGGCAAUGUCCGCCACACUCUCAUCGACCGAAGCGACUACUUGGGCGACUUCUUGCCCGGCUUCGGACCGCCGCCUGCUGCUCCGGACUGGCCUCAGGAACAGGACGCCGGUCCGGUGGUGGUCACUCAUUUCGACCACAUCACCUACGCUUGUCCGCAACGCCAGAGCGGCCACAUCAUGGACUGGUACCGGAGUUGCUUCGGCUUCAAGCGUUUCCUCGUGAACCGAGAUGAAGAUAUAGAUAAUGGUUAUGUCAUUCAAGGCAAUGACAUUGGACUGCGUUUGACAGCAAUGGAAUACUGGAAAUGCAGUGAAGUUGGCCUGUCAAUGUCUACAACUGAAGAGAAGAAAACAGACUGCAAAUUUGUGAUUGCUGAAUCCCUGCCCUACCAAGGUAAAAACCAAGUUGACACGUUUCUGGAGCAGCACCAUGGAGCUGGGAUACAGCAUGUGGGAUUGUACACUACUGACAUAGUUUCAACCUGCAAAUCUCUUGCAGAUGCUGGGGUCCAUUUUUUUACACCGCCUCCUACAUAUUACACAGAGAUUGAGAAACACCAGGAGAUCGUGAAAGCAGGAGAAGAUCCAGACUUGCUAUCAAAAUAUGGCAUUCUUCUGGAUUCAGAAGUUGAUGGUGAACACUGUAAAGGAGAAGCCAAAUGCCCCAGGACAGCUAAUCAUAACAAGAGGUACAUAAUGCAAAUGUUUACAAAGCCAAUAUUUUCUGAAGAUACUUUUUUUCUUGAACUCAUUGAAAGGAAAGGUGCCUUGGGAUUUGGCGAGGGGAACAUCCGUGCCCUGUGGAAAUCGGUUCAGACUUUUAUGGAUCAGCAAGAAGAAAAUAAAACCAUAAAAGGAAUAGAAUGCUAGUUUGCCUUCAGGGUGAAAGAGAUGCUGAGUGACGGAUGGUCUAUUAGACCACAUAAUCCUCUCUGCAUUGAGUAUUAGCUACUUUCCACAGAGAAAUGUAUGACAUGAAUGUACUGUAACAUAUCUAUCAAGCUCUAAUCUCUCAAAUUUUCAAAGUCCUUGCACUAUAUUUGGGUAGAUUUAUGUUUGAUAUUCUGAACAUGGAAAAAUACAGGAAUUCAAUUUUUGCUUUCUCCACUGCUUCAGACUGACACUGCUCAUACAAGUUGGGUCUUUAAAUGUCAGUGAUUUCAAAUGUAGAUUAUUCAACUUGGUUUUAAGUUGAAUGCUAUUGGAUCUGCAGUCCUGCUGUUCAUUUAGUUUUAUUAUUUCUUCUAUGUGCCUGAAAUCUCUGUACAGGCAAAUCUCACAUUAUAGCCAUUCAGGUAAUGGAAAUUCACCCUGGCAAAGCUAGCACAUCACUAGAAAAAAAUGAGUCUCAGAAUAUGUGGAAACAAAUAAAUACAAUUGUUUUCAACCUGCACCAGAUAACAUGGGUUUACAUUACAUAAAAUUGAGAUACUGGGUGUUUUCUCAGAACACAAUGCCAUCCUCUUCUUACUCACCAACCUACCUCCUAUGACUCCAAUAAUGCAGGGGUGGCCUGAACUUGAAUCGGUAUGUUGUCUAGUCAGUAUAUUUUCUAUCUGGUUAAAACUGGAUACUGUGUCCAUUUACAUUUUCCAAAUUGAUCUUGUUACAGGAUCUCAAAAUUGAUUCCUUUUUCACAAUUUCAGUUAUUUAUCACUGUCAGAAAUUUCAGUUGCACAUCAUCACACUCCAGCACUAAUUAGUGUGCAAUAAGCAUUUCAAAAUUCUUGAAGAUAUCCUUGCAUGGUUUUAGUAUGAAAUUUUAUCCAUGCUUUCAUUGUUCAAACUACUUCAGCCAUGGGACAUUUUUUAUUUUCAGCAGUGUCAAGACUGGAAUCAAAGUAGAAAUAUAUAUCGAAGAAAGACACAAAAUAGCUGGAGUAACUCAGGGGGACAGGCAGCAUCUCUGGAGAGAAGGAAUGGGUGUAAUUUGAUUUUAGCCCAUUUUUCCCUGAUAAGAACAUGUUUCUAACGGUGUGUGUGCUGUUUGAAAGCACUUGCUUGCAAAACAUUGAAUAUUAUGUCGUGAAACCUUUUAGUUCCUCUUAUGUGCUUGAAUAUGAACUCUGGUGUUGAAAAUAAGUUAAAUAUGGUAAUCUUGAGAUCAAUGAGAAUGCAAGAACCUGUCAUGGUAUGCUACAUUUUCUGUUGAUAGUUCCAACAUUCAUUGUUCUCCAUUUUGAAAAUUCCGCAAUUAGUGCCUUGCUCAGUUUUUACCUUGUAUUUAUUUUUCAAUGGCUGAUUACAUUUUGAACCUUUUUUCCAACCUUGAAUUCAAAAUGUCAUUUGGAUUGAUUUGAUAGGCAAUACUCAUGAUCCAUUUUAUCAAAUUGUAUUAGAAUUGAGUUGUUUGUAAAGUUAAAUCCAGAUGACUGACCAAUAACUAAUUAAAAGACUUAUUAAACUGUC